AUGCGAUUUUCGUCGGAUAAAGAAAAGGCCACCGGGCACGACGACACCGACCAGGAUAGCCCGAAUUUCCUCUCUGAGAUCGACGAGGAAACUGCCAUAGACGGAUCAUCACCGCCACAGUUCCAUCCUGCGAAACCAGCGGCGCCUCCGAACGGUGGCUUGAAAGCAUGGCUGCAAGUUCUGGGGUCGUUCUUCAUUUACUUCAAUACGUGGGGCCUCGUGGCGAGCUUCGGAACCUUUCAGGCUUACUACGAAGAUGACCUCCUGAAGGAGUACAGUCCCUUCGCCAUCUCCACAAUCGGCUCGUUGCAGAGCUUCUUGAUGGUGUUCUUGGGUUUCAUUGCAGGCCCAGUCUUCGACCUGGGCUAUGCGCGUCAGCUCCUGUGGGUGGGAUCCCUGCUGAUCGUUGUCGGAACCAUCACCCAGAGUCUCAGCAGCAACCUCUGGCAACUGCUGUUGUCGCAAGGCCUCUGCAUCGGCGUCGGAAUGGGCAGUCUCGCCGUCUUGGGCGUCGCUGUUCUUUCGCCAUGGUUCACCACGAAGCUACCCGUGGCGACAGGCAUUGCGGCUGCGGGAAGCGGUGUUGGCGGCUUAGUUCUUCCCAUAAUGUUCCGCUCGCUUGAGCCGGAAAUCGGUUUCCGCUGGACUGUGCGUACCAUGGCGUUGAUCGCUUUAACGACGCUGGGCAUUUCCAUCGUGAGCAUGCACGCACCAAAGGCCUCAGCCCAGCGACGCGCUUGGGUGGACCGGUCCGCGUUCCGAGACAUCCCUUACCUCCUUUUCGUGUGCGCCUGCUGCCUGGUGUUUUUAGGCAUGUAUACGCCGUUCGUCUAUGUCCAGAAGUACGCUCUGGCAACCGAGACCGCGACGUCGGGCGUCGCGACGUACCUGCUGUCCAUCCUGAACGGUGCGUCGAUUCUCGGCAGGACCAUCCCCAACUUGUUCGCGGCUCGCGUCGGAGCGAUGAACAUGCUGGCGGUUGCGGUGCUUAUAAUGUCGGUUUCGGCGUUCUGCCUCAUGGCAAUCAGCAAUACGCCCGGCUUGAUAGUGGUUGUGGUCUUUUAUGGCUUCAGCAGCGGCAGCUUCUUCUCACUGCAGCCCACCACUUUCACGCAAAUCACGGAGGACCGGAACUACAUUGGUACCAGACUCGGCAUGGCUUAUUCUGUCAUGUCGGUUGCUCUCCUCCUUGGCUCGCCGGUGGGAGGCGCCCUGGUGCGUCAGUUUGGUUACUCGAGCGCCUGGAUAUGGCUUUGGGAUCGCCUCCAGAGGGGUGGCUUCAUUCAUUUCAGUGAGUGCAUCCGCGUUCAGAUCGUAGCCAUGGUUCGCGAUCAGGCUUUCGACGCUGGAACAUUCGCUGAUUUUGCCACUCUUUGA